AUGGCCGGUGAAGUUCCGUUGAAGUCCGGGACAAUUGAGACCAGGCAACGCAGCCUGGCUUAUUGCGACCAAACACCUUGGGUCACAAACGUCAGCGUAAAGGAUAAUAUUAUCGCGCAGUCAGAAUACGACCAGCAGUGGCUCGCAACUGUACUCCACGCAUGCCAAUUAGACGUGGAUGUGUCUGCGUUCCCCAUGGGAGUGGCGACCAUCGUGGGAUCAGGAGGCGUUGCACUGAGCGGCGGUCAGAAGCAGCGCGUGGCCAUGGCGAGAGCAGUAUACUCGCGCAAAACGUUUGUAAUUCUCGACGACGUCUUCAGCGGCCUGGACAACAAGACGUCACGCGCCGUCUUCCAAAGGCUGCUUGGAAGUGGCGGCCUGCUACGUAAUGACGGCCAGACAGUAGUUCUUGCUACUAAUAACGUCAGCUUCCUUGAGGCGGCAGAUUACAUCACCAUGUUGGAGAAAGGUAAGAUUGUCCGCAACCAGGUGCAGUAUUCGGCCUUUGAUCAACAGGACUGGGGUAUCAACCAAGACGAGACCGAGUCGGAUGACUCCUCAUUUGAGGUUGACGGAAAUGAAUCCAGUCGUCAUGCAAAACGACGAGAGGCGGACCGAGCCCAGGCUAUGAGACACGCCGAGGCCGAGCUCAGCCGCCAAACAGGUGAUAUUGACUGUUACAAAAUCUAUCUCAAGUCGAUGGGACUGCCGGUUGUCACUGCUACUUUGAUCCUCGUCAUUAUCACCGUGGCUGCGGAUAAGAUGCCCCAAAUAUGGCUGCGCCUAUGGACACAACACGGCACUACCUCUACCUCUGAUAAUCUAAGCUACAUGGGAGGCUAUGUCGCGUUUAUUGUCCUAGCCAUGAUUGGCGGAGUGGUCAACAUAGCUUUCUUCGCCAUUAUUGGCAUUCCCAAGUCUGCGAAGCGCCUUCAUGCCAUGUUACUGGCCGCCGUGAUUCAAGCCCCCUUUCACUUUUUCACCUGUACGGAUAACGGGUUGACUCUCAACAGAUUCAGCCAGGACAUGAGUCUGCUUGAUCAAGCCUUGCCCUUUGCAUUUAUUGCGACCGUUGCGGCCGUGGUUCAAGCCAUUGCCGAGACGGCAAUCAUUGCUUCUGGAUCAUCGUACAUUGGCGCAAUCUUGCCCGUUUGCUUUGUAGCUGUGUACUUGAUCCAACACUACUACCUCAAAACAUCUCGCCAAGUUCGAAUCUUGGACCUGGAGAUGAAGUCGCCGUUAUACACACAUUUCACGGAGACUCUGGCCGGGCUCUCCACCAUUCGCGCAUUUGGAUGGACUAUGGCGGUAAAGGAAGAAAACCUUUGCAGAUUGAACACGUCCCAAAGGCCUUACUAUACCAUGUUUUGCAUCCAGCGGUGGCUCCAAGUCAUCUUGGAUUUAUUUACUGCCGGUAUGGCGCUCGUGCUUGUUACAUUCGCCGUCAUGUUUCCAUGGACAACCUCGAACGGUGCCAUCGGCUUGGCCAUGGUAAACAUAAUCAGCUUUGAAUUUACGCUUUCUAUGGUUAUUACCCAGUGGACGCAGCUGGAAACUUCACUUGGUGCCAUUACCCGGCUAAAGUGGUUUAUAAAGAACACGCCCAGUGAGAACAAGCUGCAAGAGAAUCAGGAGCCGCCUCCCGGUUGGCCAUCACGGGGUCUAAUUGAACUUGAUAAUGUGACUGCUGCUUACAAAGACGGUGCCGAUCCGGUUCUGCUCGGCGUCAGUCUUACUAUUGCGCCAGGACAAAAAGUCGGAAUCUGUGGCCGAUCUGGAAGCGGCAAGUCAUCUCUUGUGGCCACGCUGGCCCGCCUUCUCGAAUUGCAGCCCGGAAGCACGAUUCGCAUUGACGGCGUCAAUCUUGCCACUGUACCGAGACAAACGAUCCGCUCACGACUCAUUUCGCUCCCGCAGGAUGCGCUGCGCCUGGCAGGAACCGUCCGCCACAACCUCGACCCGGAGCAAUCUAUCCAAGCUGACGAAGCGCUCAUAGAGGCCCUCACAAAGACGGCAAUCUGGCCCUAUAUUGAAGCCAAGGGUGGUCUCGAGGCCAAGGUAGAAGACUUGAUAUUCUCAGCUGGACAACUGCAGCUAUUCUGCCUUGCUAGAGUAGUCUUGCGACACGGCAGAGCUGCUAGCCGUGGUGCAGUUAUUCUCCUUGAUGAAGCAACAAGCAGCGUGGACCGUCGCACCGACGACCAGGUCCGCGAUGCUAUUAGUGCCAACCUGGAUGGGCGCACCGUCAUAGAGGUUGCGCAUCGGCUUGACGUUAUACGUCACUAUGAUGUUAUUGUUGUCAUGGCUGAGGGGAGAGUUGUCGAGACCGGUCCUCCUGAUGAGCUCCUUGCACAGUCUGGGUCUGAAUUCGCGGCGCUGUGGGCAAGUAGAGGUCUGUAA